UCCCCGGGGAGCCCCUGGGAGGCCAGGACCAUGGCGGAGCUGCAGCAGCUGCAAGAGUUUGAAAUCCCCACGGGCAGGGAGGCUCUGCGGGGCAACCACAGCGCCCUGCUGAGGGUGGCCGACUACUGCGAGAACAACUAUGUGCAGGCCACAGACAAGCGGAAGGCACUAGAGGAGACCAUGGCCUUCACCACUCAGGCCCUAGCCAGUGUGGCUUACCAAGUGGGCAACUUGGCCGGGCACACUCUUCGAAUGCUGGACCUCCAGGGGGCUACCCUGCGGCAGGUGGAAGCCCGGGUCAGCACAUUGGGCCAGAUGGUGAACAUGCAUAUGGAAAAGGUGGCCCGGAGGGAGAUCGGCACCUUAGCCACUGUCCAGCGGCUGCCCCCUGGCCAGAAGGUCAUCCCUCCUGAGAGCCUACCUCCCCUCACUCCCUACUAUAGGAAGCCCCUCAACUUUGGCUGCUUGGAUGACAUUGGUCAUGGAAUCAAGGACCUGAGCACGCAGCUGUCCCGGACUGGAACCCUGUCUCGCAAGAGCAUCAAGGCGCCAGCCACUCCUGCCUCUGCCACUUUGGGGAGACCCCCUCGGAUCCCCGAGCCUGUGCAGCUCCCGGUGGUGCCCGACGGCAAGCUCUCCGCCGCUUCCUCGGCCUCUUCCUUGGCCUCCGUGGGCAGCGCAGAAGGUGCCAGUGGGGUCCCCCAGUCCAAAGGGCAGGCAGCACCCGCAAACACACCUCCUCUGCCAGCCUCCGCUGAGGUCUUUUUGCCUCCUCCUCCGUUGGAGCUGUCCCCGACUCCUCCCGUGGAUCUGCCCCCUCCCCUGGAUCUGCCCCCUCCCCCAGCCCUAGAGGGGGAUGAAGUGGACCUGCUGCCUCCACCACCUCCAGGUUUUGGACCAGAUGAGCCCAGCUGGGUCCCUGCCACAUACUUGGAGAAAGUGGUGACACUGUAUCCAUACACCCGUCAGAAGGACAACGAGCUCUCCUUCUCCGAAGGCACCAUUAUCUGUGUCACCCGACGCUACUCAGAUGGCUGGUGUGAAGGUGUCAGCUCAGAGGGCACUGGAUUCUUCCCAGGGAAUUAUGUGGAGCCCAGCUGCUGACAGCCCAGGGCUGCACCAACUCAGCA